CCGCAGAGCUGCGCGUGCUCUGUUCCCCAGCGCAACGCGAAGGCUGUCGGGAUCCGCGGCAGCUGCGGCUUGAGGUCGGUCCCUAGUCCCUGCGGGCGGCGGCGGCCUGGGGCGGCGUGGCGUUUGGUGGGCAGGACUCUCCCUAGAAUAUGUUUAAAGAAGAUUAAGGAAAGAAAGAUAAGAAAGAGCAGUGGCAAGCACAUUCAAGGGUACACUGAUCCUGAAGUACUAUGAUCUUUCAGAAACUCUGGAGAAACUACAGAGUUCUGGUUGUUAUGAUCCCUGUAAUUGGGCUCAUACAUUUGGGAUGGUACAAAAUCAAAAGCAGCCCUAUUUUCCAAAUACCUCAUAAGGAUGACAUUCCUGAGCAAGAUAGUCUGAAACUUGCAAAUCUGCAGAAGAGCCAAAUCCAAGGGAAAUAGCAGGCUUGCGGUCUUCAGAUAAAGAAGCAGCUUUGAAUCUGAGCUUCAUUUCAAAAGAAGAGAUGAAAAAUACCAGUUGGAUUAGAAAGAACUGGAUUCUUGUAGCUGGGAUGUCUUUCAUAGGUGUCCAUCUUGGAACCUACUUUUUACAGAGGUCUGCAAAGCAGUCAGUAAAAUCUCAGUCUCAAAUCAAACAAAAGAGUAUUGAAGAGUGAAGUAAAAUAAAUAUUUGGAAUUGCUAACUUGUUAUUAAAUCAUUAUAUGCUGAUUUAGCUUCAUAAACAUUGAACUGUUUGAUUUUAUAGCCACAGUGCUGCAUAUUUAUACUUUAAUUCCUAAAGAAUAAUUUUUUAUGUUAACACAUGAUAAUGAAAUAAAUAGAAAAAUAUGGUUUACGUAGUAAAAACGGUCUUCACAAGUUACCACCUGAAGUAAGAUGUCUCGUUUAGACACUAAGAAGCCAUCAUUGUGUAAGAGUGAACCACUGACAAGUGAGAGAGUCAGGACUACACUUUCUGUCUUGAAAAGAAUCGUAACAUCGUGCUAUGGCCCUUCAGGUAGGCUGAAGCAGCUGCACAAUGGCUCUGGAGGCUACGUGUGCACAACCUCACAGUCCUCAGCCUUGCUCAGUCACCUUUCGGUCACACAUCCCAUAUUAAAGAUCCUGACAACCUCCGUACAGAAUCACGUGUCAAGCUUCAGUGAUUGUGGCUUAUUCACAGCCAUUCUUUGCUGCAACCUGAUUGAAAAUGUUCAGAGAUUAGGCUUGACACCCACCACUGUCAUUAAUUUAAAUAAACAUCUUUUGAGUCUCUGCAUCAGUUAUCUCAAGUCUGAGACCUGUGGUUGUCGAAUCCCAGUCGACUUCAGUAGUACUGAGAUCCUCCUUUGUUUGGUGCGCAGUAUAUUAACGAGUAAACCUGCCUGUACACUCACCAGAGCGGAAACAGAGCAUGUCAGUGCUUUGAUUCUGAGAGCCUUUUUGCUUACAAUUCCAGAAAACGCUGAAGGCCACAUCAUUUUAGGAAAGAGUUUAAUUGUACCUUUAAAAGGUCAAAGAGUUAUAGAUUCCACCAUAUUACCUGGGAUACUCAUUGAAAUGUCCGAAGUUCAAUUAAUGAGGUUAUUACCUAUCAAAAAAUCAACUGCCCUCAAGGUGGCACUGUUUUGUACAACUUUAUCCGGAGACAUUUCUGACACUGGAGAAGGAACUGUGGUGCUCAGUUAUGGGGUUUCUCUUGAAAAUGCAGUCCUGGACCAGCUGCUUAACCUAGGAAGGCAGCUAGUCAGUGACCACGUAGAUCUUGUCCUCUGCCAAAAAGUAAUACAUCCAUCUUUGAAGCAGUUUCUCAAUAUGCAUCGUGUUAUUGCCAUAGACAGAAUUGGAGUGACUCUGAUGGAACCCCUGACUAAAAUGACAGGAACACAGCCUAUUGGAUCCCUAGGCUCAAUAUCUCCUAAUAGUUAUGGAAGUGUGAAAGAAGUGUGCACUGCAAAAUUUGGCUCCAAACAUUUUGUUCAUCUUAUUCCUAAUGAAGCAACAAUCUGCAGUUUACUUCUCUGCAACAGAAAUGACACUGCCUGGGAUGAGCUGAAGCUCACGUGUCAGACAGCACUGCAUGUCCUGCAAUUAACCCUCAAGGAACCAUGGGCUUUGUUGGGAGGUGGCUGUACUGAAACUCAUUUGGCUGCAUACAUCAGACACAAGACUCACAACAACCCAGAAAGCAUUCUCAAAGAUGAUGAAUGUACUCAAACAGAACUUCAGCUGAUUGCUGAAGCAUUUUGCAGUGCUCUCGAAUCUGUUGUUGGCUCUUUAGAACAUGAUGGAGGUGAAAUUCUCACUGACAUGAAGUAUGGACACCUUUGGUCAGUUCAAGCAGAUUCUCCCUGCCUUGUUAACUGGCCAGAUUUGCUUUCACAGUGUGGCUGUGGAUUAUACAAUAGCCAGGAAGAACUCAGCUGGUCUUUCUUAAGAAGUACACGUCAUCCUUUUGUGCCACAAACCUGCCUUUCACAUGAAGCUGUAGGCUCAGUCAGCAACCUGACUUUGGACUGUUUGACUGCUAAGCUUAGUGGCCUACAGGUGGCUGUAGAGACAGCCAAUUUGAUUUUGGAUCUUUCAUAUGUUAUUGAAGAUAAAAACUAAGAGAAUAGCGUGUUUGUAUUACAAAAGAAACAGACUAGCCUGGUGUCAAUUAAGAAAAAUUGUGAGUGUAUUUGUUCCCUCCCAAAGGCCUAUUCUAUGUAUUUGGACAAAUGACUCAUAAAAUUAUAGAUAUACUUCUUUAGGAAUAAAGAUGAUUCGUGAAUAGAAAUGCCAUAAAAUAAUAAAAAUACAAAGAAUUAUUUAUUUAAAAAUAUUGUAGUUAUCUUAGGGAUUCUAAGUGGCUGCUGUACAUUGUUCUAAAUUUUUGUUAUUAUUUUGACAUCAAUUUUGAGAACAAACAGAAAUAAAAAAGACUUCUAAUCCAUGCUCCAGUUUGGAUACAUAGUUUAGAUAUUUUCUAGUUAGUAGUAAUUACAUACACUUAAAUAAUAAAACUAGAUCUCAAAGUCUCACAAAACAUUCAGUAUAUAUUGCUCAUCAAAAGAAGUAUUUAUACUGUGCAGUUAGUAAAAUUUCACUUUUCACAGUGCCCUUUAUCUCAGCCUAGAUUCUUCAGUGGUUAGGUAAUUGAUGUAGAACCUGGUUUGCCUGCAAUUGCUAGUUUGUAUCAAGCUCCACGUUUUUGUUAUUUGGGGGAAAUGUUUGCUUUUGGGGGGGGAAAGUAGGUUUGUAUAGUAACUAAGGCGAAAGCAACUUUGUAAGGUCUUCGUUUUUAAAGUGGGAGGAGGAACUGGUUUGUUUUAGACGGAGGUUUCUCAACCUUGGCACUAUUGAUAUUCUGGACCCCAUAAUUCUUUGUUGUGCGGAGGCUGCUCUGUGCAUUACAGCUUAUUUAGCAGCAUCCCUGGCCUCUGCACACUAGAUGCCAGUAGCACACUCCUGUUGUGACAACCAAAACUGUCUCCAGACAUUGUAAAAUGUCACCCAAAGAGCAAAAUUGUCAUUGGUUGAGAACCAUAGACUGAUAGAAAAGGAAGGACAAUAAGGAGCAUUCUACCAGGACUUUAGGAAGCAACCUGAAGGAAGUGGAAGUUAUUUCUCUAGUCACUAGUAUGAAAAAGAAACUAGAAAAGCUCUCAUAUUCAAAGUAGAGACACUAUGUUUCACGAAGGGAUGCAAUUUGAAUUUUAUGCCAAUAUAAGACGUAUUGAUAAAUUGAAGAAGAAAUAUAGAAGGCAGCUAGUUGAAUAAGUAUGGUAACAAAUGUUAUAUUAAACUUUAGGAAAACAUUUUGGAAAGUUUUGGGAAAUUAACCAACCUAAUGGUCAAUGAUCAGAUCUAUAGCCAUGAUAAAGAGAAAUAGAAUUAUUAAGCAAUCCAAUAUUCUUGUAAUCAAAAAUAAUUUUACUCUGAGCCAAAGAAAAAAAUCACAAUACAAAGAGCAAUGCCAUCCAUACAUGUUAAAUAUCAGCCCACCUGAAGUCUCAUAGACUAUUAAAAGUGUUACUUCUUUUAUUAUUAGAGUCAAACAGAAGGGUAGUGUGGUAGGCAGCCUCUAAGGUGGCCCCCAGUGAUCCCCACCUCCUGGUUUCAGACCUUGCAUAAUUUCCUCCCCUUGGGUAUGGGCUGGAUUUAGUGACUCCUUUAUGUCUCCCAUUUCCCAUCUUUGUGGACAGAAUCUUAUAGUGAUGAUUAUGGUUAUGCCUUAUCUAUAAUUUUAUGCUGUGAGUAGAAGGCAGAUGACUUAUCUAUAGUUACAUGGGCCUACAGAUGGAAAGCAACUGUGCUCUAGGAACUGCACUUAAAGAAUUACCCCCUGAGGAAGCCUGGAGUGAUUCCAAUUAUGAGAUCACCCUGACUUGAUUCCAGUUAUGAGAUUCUGAACUUUGAGCUGAUGUUAUGCAAAAGUAAAACUUUGGAGGAUCUGAGGAGUAGGGGGAAUGUAUUUUGCAUGUAGUAGGCAGCCUCUGAGAUGGCUCCCAAUAAUCCCAUUUCCUGGCAGUCCACCCUCUGGGUGUAGGUGGGACCUAGUGACUAGCUUCUAAUGAAUAGAACACAACGGAAGGGACGGGAUGUCACUUCUGAUAUUUGGUGGUAAAAAGAUAAGUUUAUCUUUUGAUGCCUUCUCUCUCAAUGAAAGCCACCUGUCAUGUUGGGAACUGCCCCCUGGAGAGACCUACAUAGCAAGGGUUGAGGGAGGCUUCUAGACAACAGCUCAAAAGGAACUGAAUCCUACCAACAACCACAAGAGUGAAUUUGGAAGCAGGUUCUCCCCAGUGAAACACUGAGAUGAGUGUAGCCCUGCCACUGGAGCCACAGGAGAGACCCUGAAGCAGAAAAGCCAGCUAAGUUGUUUUCAGGUUGGUACCUGACCCACAAAAUCUGUGAGAUAAUAAAGGUUGUUUUAAGUCAAAUUUGGGGUGUACUUUGUUAUACACCAAUAGAUAUCAAAUAAAGGCAAGAGGAAGUGCUUAUUUGUAAUAAAGUAUUUACUGAAAACGUAGUCACACAAAUGGAAGAAAGCAUUCUUGAUGCCAUGCCUUUGCCUUUUCAUCAUCUCCCCAAACCUAAAAGAAGGAUUCUUCAUGACAUGUGUUUACAAUGGUCACUGAAGAAGGUGUGUCACAUUGGUAUUGGGAAUUGUCCUGGUUCUCCUUGUCCUUAUCCUGCAUUUUUUCAAGCCCCUCCAAGAAGGGGUGACACUGUGAACCUCUCCAACUGAUCUUGUAGAUUAGUGGUUUCCAUUUUUCAUGAUAGUGAUUUUUUAAAUUCUGUCAUUUUUAGUUUUGCCAUAAAAUUCGAUGAAACAUCAAUGCUGUUAUUUUGAAUAUAUCACAAAUUAGUUAAAAUAUAAAUGCCUCUGUGUUUCCUAAAGUUGUAAUAAUCCUUAGUAGAAAACACUGGAAAUAGAGUAAAAGAAACCUCCCUCUAUAGUUCAAGAAAAUCAGCAUUCAAACUUAGAUGUUAAAACAUGAAAUGAAAAUUCUUGAUGAAAAUAAUUUCAGAGGAGUUCCUUUUGGCAGUAAUAAAUGAUAGGUAAAAAUAGCAACUAAGGUAAGCCUUAGGCAGUGUUUUGUGACUUAAAGUAAGAUUGAGGCCUGAAUAUUGCAUUUGCAUUAUGAAGUACCUCAGGAGAGAGAACAGGAAACCCUGAUCGCUGUGGAAAGUAAAGGGCGAGUGUACAGAAGAGAAUGAAGUCAGCUCAAUACUUUCGUGGGACUCUCAGGACAUGUAGCAUUAAACAUUAUUGAACCAUAGGAGUCCAACAGGAUUAUCAUCUUAUUAAUCAAAAGAUGUUAGGAUUUUAGCAGCAAGGAAAAAAGUGGAGAGCUAAAGCAAAUUAAAGGAAACUUUUAAUCAAAUACUUAUUCGGUCUUAAAGAUAUCCUCUUUAAUUCUUCCAUUUGUACUCUAUUAAAGAGUCUUUACAUGUUAGACAUUGUAAAUCAACCGUUAGAUUGAAGCAUUUUAUAUAAGUGAAGCAUUUUACACAAGAUAUUUAAACUUUAUAUCAUUAAUAUCUUUUAUCAUAGAUAUCCUUGAACUCAUUUAGUUUGUAUAAUCAAAGCUACCUAGGCAUUUACAUGACAGACAAGAAAUUUUAGGUACCCAUAGAUCAGCCAUUGUACUCUGUAUUUUCAUAUUGUUCAUAUUGUUGAACAGUUAUUUGGAUAACUUUAAAAUAAAGUAAUAUUGUUUUACAGUCACAUUAUACAGGUUAUUUAAAAUUAUCAUGUACAAAAAUCAAUGCAGGCCUUGACAAAACAUAUGAUUAGUUAGGUUGUUCCUUCCUGAUAAUCUUUGGGGAAUAGACAAAGAGACUAAAUGUCUCCUACAGGGCCCGGUUUCAGCUGUCUAAAUAAGCUAUCUCUUAAUCAGAAGGAAAUUUUGAAUAUAAUUUUUUUCAUGUAGCUGAGUGCUUCUAUUUAGUAUCUAUGGUAUCCCAUAAUGAAAAUUUUUGCCAAUCAUCUACAGAAUUUGAAUUUUGAUGCACCAAAACACAGUGUUAGCCUCCUUUGGGAUUAUAAGUAGAUUUAUAUGCUGCUUUAUUAAGAAUAUAGUAAUACUCACAAAAGAGAAUGAAAUUCCUGAAAACUAUUCCUAAAUGUAGAUAAAGCUUUUUGCUGGAGAGAUUAUUAGACUUGGCUCACUAAAAGCCAUGGAAUACUAUUAUCUGUAAUAAAGUGUGAAUUUAGAGGGAAAUAAAACAGCUUGACAAUGUCCUAUUAAAAAUUUUGAGAAAAUAUUUAUGAUAAAUAUCCUAUUUUAGCCAUCUUGAUUGUUUAGAGUAUUGUGAUUUCAUUUCGGGAAGUAUUAGUUGAGUUCUUACUAUUUGCCGGUUAGGAUAGUUAAACACAUUGGUGGUGAGAAG